AUGUGCAAGCCAUAUCCAGACUUUCUACAGCCUGCAUGGCACAUCCUGCUGGGAAAGUAUGCUGCCAUGUACAUUCCUACCACAGUGUACCAACAAGCAGUGGCCACUGUUGAGGCCAUGUUCAUUUUCACGAUCCCUUCUUUCAGUGUUGGCAACAUUGCAGCACUUAAUUGUUCCGUGUCUUCGGCGUCCCAUGAGCAGUACCAUUCAUUCGUGUCUACACAAGGUGGACUGCAUUCCUGUCGUCAAUGCAGCUAUGUGACCAAGUACAAGAAAGACAUGAAAAGACACCUUUGCAAACAUACGGGCGAGUAUCCCUUCCAGUGCCACCUGUGUCCAGCUGCAUUCUCUCAGAAAGCUCAUCUUACACAGCACAUUCGCACGCACACAGGAGAGCGUCCUUUCUCCUGUGACCAAUGCAGUGCAUCUUUUUCACAGAAGCAGCACCUCAUGGAACACAAGCGCACCCACACUGGAGAGCGUCCCUUUUCCUGUGACCACUGCAGUGCAUCAUUCUCAUGGAAAAAGACGCUCAUGGAACACAUGCGCACCCACACAGGCGAGCGUCCCUUCCAGUGCCACCUGUGUCCAGCUGCGUUCCCUCAGAAAGCUCACCUUACACAGCACAUUCGCACGCACACAGGAGAGCGUCCUUUCUCCUGUGACCAAUGCAGUGCAUCUUUUUCACAGAAGCAGCACCUCGUGGAACACAAGUGCACCCACACUGGAGAGCGUCCCUUUUCCUGUGACCACUGCAGUGCAUCAUUCUCAUGGAAAAAGACGCUCAUGGUACACAUGCGCACCCACACAGGAGAGCGACCCUUUUCUUGUGACCACUGCAAUGCAUCCUUUUCACGGAAAGGCAACCUCAUGAAGCACAUGUAUUGUCGUCAUUCAAAGAAACAUCGCUAAAGGGCAGGAGCAUUCAUCGUUACAGAGGCAAAGGAACAUUGAUUGAUGAAUUAAAUAUUUGUGUUUGAAUGUAACAUCCAAAGUGUAUGAAACAGAUUUUUUGUGCCUCAGGAAUUGAGUUUGUUACAGCGUAUUGCUUAGAGAGAAAUAUGUCAUUGUUAAUCAUACUCUUAAUCCUUGAUGACAUAAGUUUGAUUUGUCUUAAAUGCACAUUGACUGAAAUGUGUUCAUGGUUUUAACCUUCUUGAAGUUGCACAUUACAUAUGUAAUUAAUAAGUACAACAGAGACAGUUGUGUAAUUGAUCAUAGGUAAAAAACAGCAUAAACAAAACGAAACACAAGGAAUGGCAAUAUUGCGUGCAAUUAGGGUGUAUACAAUAAUCAAGCAGCGCGAGUCCGCAAUGCUCACUCCAAAAUGUCUGUUGCGAAAUUAAAAAAUGAAUCCUAGAAUGAAAUUUAUUGCAAAUGUCUGAUUGUUUUGGUCGUGGACAUGUCACAGCACAACAAAAGUGUGGGUGCGGAGUGGGGCUCACAAUUAUAGUGUUA